AUGGACGACCUCAGCUCGCUCGAGCUCCUGUCGCUCGUGUCCAAGGUGACCUCCGAGCUGCAUAACCAUCUGAAUGUCGCCGACAAAACCCUCGCCGAGUUCAUCAUCGACCAACAUCUACAAUGCAAGUCCCUCAACGAAUUCAAGGCCAAGCUGGUCGAAAUCGGCGCCGACGAUUUCCCUCAAAGUCUUGUCGAGAGCAUCGACCGCCUUGUCCUCACCAUGCACCCCAGCUUUAAGAAGUCCAAUGGUGCCGGAAGAUCCGUGCAACGGGAGGAGAAGCCUGAGGAUGAGCGCGAAAGGAAGGCCAGGGUCUUCAAGGGCCUAGCCAUUGCUGACCAGGAAAUCCCUAAGCCGUAUGAGGCCAACGCCCCACCGGAAGAGGACGCAAAGGAGGAUGAUUUGGAUAACACUUUCGCCUUGCUGGAGAACCUCGCUGGAAAGGCAGGCAGCGGAGCAAGCAAACCUUCCGCGAGAAAACGCAGCCCCAGUCCAUACAAGGAUGAGAGUCACAGAAGCAAGACGAAGAGACGCCGCAGCUCACGGUCGCGCUCACCCUAUAGGAGCCGUCAACAUUCUGGCAACGAUGAAUACAUGUUCGAGGAUGAGUUUGGCCGGUCACGCCCGGCCAAAGACUUCACCCGCACUCGCGAGCGUGACUACGAGCGCGACGACAAGCGCGAUGAACGCAGGGGCAGGCACCGCCGCCGCCACGACUACGAUGACGAUUUUCGCGACGCCCCUGCUCCCGAGAUCGACGAUUCCCCAGUUGUUCACAAGAUCUACAAUGGUCGCGUCAUGGGUCUGAAGCCCUACGGUGCUUUUGUUAGGCUAAACGGUGUCAAAGGCCGGGUUGAUGGCUUGGUCCACGUAUCGCGCAUCGCCGAGGGCCGUGUCAAUGACCCAUCAGACCUUCUGUCGCGGGAUCAGGAAGUCAAGGUGAAGGUUACAGAAAUAAAGGAUGGAAAAAUCAGUCUUACCAUGAAGGAGGUCGAUCAGACCACAGGCGAAGAUCUUGUCCCAGAGCUGAGAGUAGCUUCGGGGGCGAACUCAGAAGGCCUGGGCGGCAAGGCGUCGAAUGGCCGCUACGGAAACCUUGGAUCCGAGGUCCCCAUUGUCGCCAGCAAUUCCAACGGACAACCGGCUUCGAAGAAGCGAUACGCCUCGCCUGAACGUUGGGAAAUACAGCAGAUGAUAUCUGCUGGACUCGCACGCCAAUCGGACUACCCGGGCAUCUAUGAUACGUUUGACAACGUCAACGAACAUGGAAUGCUGGAAGAGGAGUUGGACGUUGACAUUGAGGUCAAGGAAGAGGAACCGCCUUUCUUGGUUGGCCAGACUAAACAGUCGCUCGAACUCUCUCCCAUCCGUGUUGUCAAGGCCCCCGACGGAUCCAUGAACCGUGCUGCAAUGGCAGGCGAGACGCUUGCGAAGGAGCGGAAGGACCUCAGGAGUCAAGAGGAGGCGGACAAGAAAGCUUCUGAGGCGUCUCGUGUUGAUUUGAGUGCCCAAUGGAAUGAUCCCAUGGCCAGCUCUGACCAGCGCAAGUUUGCCAGCGACGUCCGUGCUGCGCCAUCCUCUGGCCAGUCCAACGAGCCACUCCCUGAGUGGAAGAAAAUCACCCAGGGCAAGACUGAGACUGGAAAACGGACAAAUAUGUCGAUCAAGGAUCAGCGGCAGAGCCUUCCGGUUUACAAGUUCCGCGAUCAGCUGCUCCAAGCCGUCCGCGAACACCAGCUCCUCGUUCUCGUUGGUGACACUGGCUCAGGCAAAACCACUCAACUUACCCAAUUCCUUGCUGAGGAUGGUUUCGCCAAUGACGGCAUGAUCGGCUGCACACAGCCGCGUCGUGUAGCGGCCAUGUCCGUCGCCAAGCGUGUAGCGGAGGAGGUUGGGUGCAGGCUCGGAGCUGAAGUUGGCUACACCAUUCGUUUUGAGGACUGUACCGGUCCGGACACCAAGAUCAAGUACAUGACGGAUGGUAUCAUGCAGCGUGAGAUCUUGCUGGACCCGAUGUUGAACAAGUACUCCGUCAUCAUCCUCGACGAAGCCCACGAGCGAACCAUCGCAACCGACGUUCUCUUCGGUCUCCUCAAGAAGACACUAAAGAGACGCCCUGAUAUGAAGGUCAUUGUCACGUCGGCGACAUUAGAUGCCGACAAGUUCUCCGAAUACUUCAACAAAUGCCCCAUCUUCUCCAUUCCUGGACGCACUUUCCCAGUCGAGAUCAUGUAUUCGAAGGAGCCUGAGAGCGAUUACCUUGACGCAGCUUUGACGACCGUUAUGCAGAUUCACCUGACCGAGCCUCCGGGUGAUAUCCUACUUUUCCUGACUGGAAAGGAAGAAAUCGACACAAGUUGCGAAAUCCUCUUUGAGAGGAUGAAGGCGCUAGGACCCGGUGUACCUGAGUUGAUCAUCUUACCGAUCUACGGUGCUCUGCCCAGCGAAGUUGCAAGCCGCAUUUUCGAGCCUGCUCCUUCGGGCGGCAGAAAGGUUGUCAUCGCCACCAACAUUGCCGAAACGUCCAUCACCAUCGACGGAAUCUACUUCGUGGUUGAUCCUGGUUUCGUCAAGCAGACGGCCUACGACCCGAAACUUGGAAUGGAUCGUCUUCAAGUCACACCGAUUUCGCAGGCACAGGCGAAGCAACGUGCUGGCCGAGCUGGUCGUACAGGCCCUGGCAAGUGCUUCCGACUCUACACCGAGUCAGCGUUCCAGUCUGAAAUGUUGCCCACCACGAUUCCCGAAAUCCAACGGCAGAAUCUCUCCAAUACCAUUCUCAUGCUCAAGGCCAUGGGUAUCAAUGAUCUUCUUGGAUUUGACUUCAUGGAUCCGCCGCCGACCAACACCAUGUUGACUGCUCUGGAAGAGCUGUAUGCACUUGGCGCGCUCGACGAGGAGGGAUUGCUCACUCAGCUUGGUCGACAGAUGGCCGACUUCCCCAUGGAUCCUGCCUUGUCAAAAUCGCUCAUCAUGUCCGUCAAGUUGAAGUGCUCGGAUGAGAUGCUGACCAUCGUCUCGAUGAUUUCCGCCACGCAGACAGUGUUCCACCGGCCGAGGGACAAGCAGCACCAGGCCGACCAGAAGAGGCUGAAGUUUAACGAUCCGCACGGCGACCACCUUACUCUCCUCAAUGUUUACAACGCGUGGAAGAACUCAAAGUUCUCGGUGCAGUGGUGCUACGAGAACUUCAUCCAACCCAAGGCCAUGAAGCGCGUCGCCGACGUGCGCGACCAGCUGACGACCAUCAUGAAGCGGUACAAGUCGCCGAUCGUGUCGAGCGGGCGUGAUACGCAGCCCGUCCGGAAAGCCCUCUGCUCUGGCUUCUUUCGCAACGCGGCGCGCAAGGACGCGACCGAGGGCUACAAGACGCUGGUCGAGGGCAACACGGUGUACAUGCACCCAUCGUCGGCGCUGUUCCGCGCGCCCGCCGAGCACGUCAUCUACAACAGCGUCGUCGAGACGCAGAAGGAGUACAUGCACAUCCUCACGGCCAUCGAGCCCAAGUGGCUCGUCGAGGCCGCCCCCCGCUUCUUCCAAGUCGCCCCGACGGACCGCCUCAGCAAGCGGAAGCGGGCGGAGCGCAUCCAGCCCUUGCAGUCCGGCAAGGACGCCGAGGGCGACGCUUGGCGUCUCUCGGCCCAGAAGCGCAGCGGCCGCGGCGGCGGUGGUACGUGGGGUUAA